AGGAAGUGUUUGGCACCUGCAGGAGAGCAGGCUGAUGUUCGGACAGUGAUCCGUGUGAUGUCACAGCGUUGGGAGUAGCAUCUCUGCAGCAUCAGGAUGCAGAUUCUGGUGGCCAAGUUGCUGGGCCUGCUGGGACUGUUUGGCCUCAUGCUGGCCGGGGUUCUGGUCCCGGUACGCGUCCUGCUGGCCGACUGCGAGAAGGCCAACCGGUACAGACGGGCGCUGUCUCUGUGCAACUCAUUCGGAGGAGGCGUGUUCCUCGCCACGUGCUUCAACGCUCUGCUGCCGGCCGUCAGAGAAAAGGUAGCGGACGUGUUCCAGCAGCUGAAGAUCAGCAGCGACUACCCUCUGGCCGAGACCAUGAUGAUGCUCGGCCUCUUCCUCACCAUCUUCGUGGAGCAGACCGUCCUCACCUUCAAGAAGGAGAAGCCGUCCUUCAUCGACCUGGAGACGUUCAACGCCGGCGGCUCGGAGGCCGGCAGCGACUCCGAGUUCGACACGCCCUUCAUCUCGUCGGCCCGGAGCUCGGCGGGCGGCCGGGGUCACCACGGACACCACCACGGACACUUCAGCCCGCCGGAGCUGGCGGGGGCGGGGCCUCUGCGGCUGGCCAGCCUCGUGCUGGCGCUGUCGGCACACUCCGUGUUCGAGGGCCUGGCGCUCGGCCUGCAGGAGGACGGGGCCAAGCUGGGCGGCCUCUUCCUGGGCGUGGCCGUGCACGAGACGCUGGCGGCCGUCGCCCUCGGCGUCAGCAUGGCCAAGGCCUCGCUGGGCAUGAUGGACGCCGCCAAGCUGGGCGUGGCAGUGAGCCUCAUGAUCCCGCUGGGCGGGGUGGUGGGCAUGGGCAUCGAGUCGGCCCAGACCAUGGCGGGGGGGGUGGUGUCGGUGCUGCUGCAGGGACUCGCCGCCGGGACCUUUCUCUUCGUCACCUUCUUCGAGAUCCUGGCCCAGGAGCUGGAGGACAAACGGGACCGGCUGCUCAAAGUGCUCUUCCUCAUCCUGGGCUACGCCGUGCUCGCCGUCCUCAUCUUCAUCAAAUGGUGACGGGACAGGAAGGGGAUUCUGCGAUUCUUGAUGAGGAGAUAGAGGACUUUAAGGGUGCUUUCACACCUGUCCCGUUUGGAGCAGUUGUUCCGAAACAGGGAGCGUUUCCCCCUAAAGAUCGGUUGGUUUGGUUUAUGUGAACACAGCAAUCGCGCUCGGAUGCGGGACAAAACAAGCGAGCUGAGAUCUCCUAGGAGAGGAAGUCUCGGCCCGAUUCCAUUCCACACCUGGUGCGGUUUGUUUUUUUUUAUUUGGAGUGAGAACAUAAUUGACACAGCAACCGACACAACUCCAUUCAUUGAGUAUGUGCAUUGUCCCAGCGUGGCAUGGUGAAAUUAAAACAUUUUUAAUUCGGGCAGGGUUUCGCAGCGCGAACCCUGUGGCAGGCGCCCUCUCGCCCGCCGCUGAGCUCGGUGCUCGGCGCAGAGCGGUAGCACAUAAAUGAAUGGGAUCGGCUGCGGUCUGCGCUUUGCGCCCUCUCUGUGAAAGGGGCUUGUUGUUUUUUCCCGGGGUACGGAAGAGGAAAUUCCUUCACGUUCAUUUCUCACCAAUGAGAGAACAGCUGGUUCGCGCAUGGCAUUUGUUAACAGUUUUGAACCGCUACAGAUGGUUGUCUUGUGAACAUAAACCCCACAAACGAGAAACGAAACAACUGUAUCGAUUUAGCCCCUGAAUCAGAACAAAACAAACGGGCCACAGGUGUGAAAGCACCCUAUAACGACUGUAGAGUUAGUGAAAAGCCAUUGCUUCAAUGCUUUUAUGCUGCUUAGAUGCUGAACAGACAUUUCUGAACUUAUUUUGUAUGAAUUUAGGUUCAUGUGUAACUAGCGCCCCUGCUGGUGGGGACAGAUGGCACUGAGAUCAUUCGUCAUUUUUAUAAAAUAAUCUACACUCAGACCACCAAACAAAUGAGCAUCAAGUUUUAACUCCAGAGAGAACAUUUGAAUCCAACAAGAGUUAAGGUUUGAAAUGGAAACUCCACAGAUUGUAACAGAUGCCCACUCGGAGACAGAAAAUCUCACACUCAUUGAAAAACAACAAAAACAACCUUGCUUUCUACAUCUCACCAGUAUUAGGGCCAGGCAGGAGAAAUAAUAUUUAGGCGGGGAAAUUUUUUUUUAUUGUGCACUUCGAGAAAAAAGUCGAAAUGUCCAAAUUAAUGUUGAAAUACAAUUUCAAGAAUAAAGUUGAAAUUUCACCCUUUUUUCUCAACAUUUCAACUUUUUUCACAAAAUUGUACUUCAACUUUUUUCUCGACAUUUUGACUUUUUUCCCAAAGUGCAUAAUGAAAAAAAAAUCUUCCUCCUCUAAAAUAUUAUUAUUAUUUUUCUCCUGCCUUGCCCUAAUACUGUUCUGUACAGCUCUGAAUUCAGUCUUAGCGGAAAAGAAAAACUUGAUUGGGUUUUUUAUAUAUAUUACACACACGCAUACAUACAGUGUGUCUCUUCUGUAAUCUCACAUUUCCUUUUUAAUUUAACAUAGGUUCUAUUAAAAUAAACUUUGAAAUUGCUGCGAAAUAAACAUUUUAAUUAGAUGUGUUAUUUUAGAGCAGGGUUAGAGGAAAUGUUCAGUUUUUCUUCUUUUUCAUAAGCGAUGAUAUCUGGUCUCAGAAUAAGGAGGAGAGACAAGUCUUUCCCAGCAUGCAGUGUGGCUCCGCCUGACAUGAAGUACCGCAACAUGAAGAAAAAAAACUCUUUGACUUGUUAAACCUGUUUGAAAGCAAAUAUUGACAUUACAACUUAGAAUUCCAAAAUGUUCUUCAGAAGUUAAGAUGUUGACUUUAUAGACAUGUGUGUUUUAACUUUUCAAAAGCCAUUUCAGACGCGUAAACGAGUCCUAAUUUCAGUUCUCACUGAAAUACCUUAAAUAUUCCUAAGUGUCUACAAAUAAACCAAACUCCACAAAGACAAUAUAUUGAUGUUGAUCGUGUAGACGGAGGCCCCCUAGUGGCUGGGAGGACUCUGCACCUGUGUAUUCUCCUUAAACAUGGUUAAAGCUCCAUAGUAUAGAAACGUUGAGUUGUUGCUGCCGUGGAAGGCGAGCUCCUCCUGUCGCCUGUCCAAUCUUUAACAUUUACCUCGCUGCUUCAUCCCUUUCUGUCCGUUGCUACUUAGCUUCAAGCCUCUUUAUCAUUUCCCAGAAUUCCUUGCGUGAUCUCCAAAUCCUCUAUUAAUCUUCAUUAAAAUGUAAUUUAUUACUACAUAUUUAUGACUUAAUAAUGUAAAUGUUUAUGUGAAGGAUUUUUUUUUUUUUUUUAAUGUUUGUAUAUUUGUGGGUUUUUUUCAAUAAAGUUU